AGACGAAAGAUUGCAUCGGAUGUUCAUCGAAGAUAAUGUUAGAGUGAAUCAGGUUGAUUCAUCUCCAGAUGAUUGGUUCAAUUUAAUGGUUCUACAUCAAAAUAGGGUUCCUCAUGGGCCAAAGAAUUAUAUACCCGAAAGUUUUUUACCAAGUUUCAUGGACCUAGUAAUAUGGGGGCACGAACAUGAUUGUAAAAUUGAUCAAGAAUAUAAUUCACAACAAACAUUCUAUAUUUCACAACCUGGAUCAUCUAUUAUUACCAGUUUAAUUGAAGGAGAAAUGGCUCCCAAGCACGUUGCAAAGCUAGAAAUACGCAGUCCAGGCGACUUUCACAUGGAAAAAAUUCGAUUGAGAACAGUUAGGCCAUUUGUGAUGGGGGAAGUUGUGCUUCAGGAUUUUCCCGACCUCAUGCCUGAUGAUUUAACACACAUGUCGUCUCUUUUGGUUUCGAAGGUUGAGGAACUAAUAGAGGAGGCCAAAGAAAAUUGGUUAGAAAUAAAUGAAGAAACUGAUGUUUCAAAAUUCCCCCUGCCCUUAGUUAAGCUUAAGGUCGAUUAUUCGGGCGAAUUUAAAAUUUUUAACAACCGUCAAUUUGGGCAAAAUUUCGUAAAUCAAGUUGCCAACAAUCAAGAAAUAUUAUUCUUUCAUAAAAAGAAUCCCGUGAAACAAAAAGCUAAGAAAGAAAAUCCCACAGAAACGGAUAUGCCUGAAACACUUUCAAAAGCUGUCGUCAAUGAUCUCAUAUCUGAAUGUUUGGAAACUCUCGAUAUAUUACCAGAAAUUGCCUUAAGCGAUUCGGUCACACUUUAUGUGGACAAAGAGGAUCAGGAUGCAAUCGUAGAUUUCUAUAAGAGCACGAUCAAAAAUGUAAGGUCACAACUUAAAAGGGAUCUUAUCGUUGAAGAUGAAAAGAUUAUCGCAGAACAGACUCACAAACAAAAAACAUUGCUUGCUCAUCAAUAUGCGCAAAAAAAUCCAGAACAAAGAUUUGCUGAAAAAGAUAGAACUUCUGUCGAACGUCAAGCGCCUGAUUAUGAUGAAGAUUUUGCUUCAGAUGAUAACCUAAACGGAUCUAUCAGAUCAUCAAAGUCACGAACCACAAGGGCUGCGAAGGGAACAGGUACUCGAGGACGAGGACGGGGUCGAACUCGGGCAAGGGGGAGACAAACAACUUCACGUCAAACCAGAAAUAUUAUAGAUGAGGUUGAUUUUGAUUCCGAUUUUGAUAAUGAACCUAGAGUGGUAGCUACAAGUUCAUCGACCAGGACUACGACUCGGAAAAAGAACGAACGCAGUCAUUUUGAUGAUUCAGAAGAUGAUUUUGAUUAUAGCAUCAGACAAGUCGAAACAGGAAAAGGGAAGGCGACAAGUAGACGUAAAAACGAUGAUGACGACGAAUAUGAAGUUGAUUCGAUUUUUGAAGACAUGGAGAGGAUGGAAAUUUCUAGCGAGCGGAAAAGAAAAACCUCUAGUGUCAGGCUCGAGGAACCACCAUCAAAGAAAGUAACGGGCCGUCAAAGUAAAGCAUCUUCACAAAGUAGUGCUACCAUCUCAAAUGUUCCCUCUCGCUCUGUGAGAAAGUCAAGUCAAAUUAUUAUGGAUGAUCAAGACGAU